CAAACACAAAAUGGCAUUAACCAAGGUCGUUCUUCUUUGUAUUCAAAAUAAGAAAUAAUUAACAAUUACUCAUGAUUAAAUAUAUAAACACUUCUCCCAAUAUGGCUAAAUCGAGAAAGUAAACAAACUUAAUAUUCUUAGAUUUUGAUAUUCGAAAAAACACAAAUUUGGAAAGUCUUCUUGGAAACCAAAAACAAAGAAACUGCCUAAAAUUUAAUAAAAUAAUGUAAUAAUAAUAUUUUGAACACGGAUAACUCUCUGAGGAUGCAAUUGUAUCCCAGUAAUCUAGAGAAUGUCAUCUUUUCUGAUUCAAAUUCUGCUGGCAAAGGUAAUUUCUUUAUAAACCAAUUUAUAGAUUAUUCCAAAUACAAAGAGAAACGAGAUUCCUAUAAUUCAACUGAUGAUGAAUAGAAUUCAGUAGGCAGCUAAGGAGAAUAAAAUCCGAAUGCGAAUUCGACCAAAAAUUACUAAUAAAAUAUCUAAUAAUCAAUCUAUUAAUACUAACAACAUUUAUAACAAAGACUAUAUGAAUAAUAAGUACUUUAGAUGAGAUUGUAAACCUAAAGUUUAGAUCUCCAAGUCCCUGAUUAUGUUAAUACUAUAGUUUCAGCCUAAUGGGUUGAUUAAUUUGUAUAACUAGGAAAACUACUACAAUCAUAAUAUUUACUUCAAUAUUAACUCAUUGAUAAUUAUAUCAAUUAUAUCAAGUAAGAAUCUGCUAAUGCUUUGUCCGAAAUCCAAAACUAAUAACGACAACAAUAAUUAUAAUAAUAGUUGUAAAUUAAUAAUACUCUGAAUCAAAUCUAUCAUGUUGAUUAAGAAGAGAAAUCCAGAGUCAUUGUGGCCAAAUCUUUUGAUGACUCUGUUACUACCAUAGACAUGCUCUAUAACAUUUUCAGUAUCUAUGGAAACAUAGACAAAAUGGUAUACUAGAAAGACAAGUCCACAUUGUUGAUCGAAUACCAUCUUCAGAAAUGUGCUGAUUAAUGCAUUGAGAAGUUGAAUAAUGUUGUAUUCCAAGGCCAAACUCUUUAAGUAAUAUUGCUAUAAUAUUUUAGAUUACCUAUUCAAUUCUGUAAGAAAUAACAUUCUUAGAUGAACUAGAAGAAUUGGGAUUGGUUGAGAAGACUUUCUAUGAGGAAAGAUUCAUUGGAUCUGAAGCCACUAAUAGAUAUAAACCAAAAAACUCGUUUGUUGCUGCCUCACCCAAUGAUACAAUCUUUCUGAUGAAUUUAUCAAACGAAUUACUCAACAUAGAAAGUAUUCAACCUCUUUUGGAAACAGAUAUUAUUGAUUUUAAGUAAUAACUUUUAUCAUAUUUUAGAUUUUAUGAGGACCCAAAAUAAAAACAUAGCUGCGCCUUAAAAUUCAAAACCGUUGAAGAUGCUAUGUAUUUCUUAGCUAAAAAUCAUGGCAAAGUAAUGGCUGAUAGAAAAAUCUUAAUGACUUUUUCCAAAAAGCCUAUGUGAUU